AUGAAGAAGCAUCCACAAUACCUUCUGCUAACUCUAAUUCUAACUAUCCAGUCCAUAUCCGCCAUUGAUUUUGUCUUCAAUGGAUUCCAUUCUGCAGACAUAUCACUCUAUGGAAAUGCUACAAUUCAAUCAAGAAUUCUUACACUAACCAAUGACACAACUUUUUCGAUUGGACGUGCUCUAUACCCGACAAAGAUCAUCACAAAACAACCAAAUGCUUCUGGCGUUCUUCCCUUUUCGACGUCUUUCAUUUUCGCUAUGGAGCCUUACAAGGAUAGGCUGCCGGGACAUGGCAUAGUUUUCUUGUUUGUACCACAUAUUGGGAUCCAGGGUUCCAGCUCAGCACAGCAUUUAGGCCUAUUCAACUUUACGAAUAAUGGGAAUCCAACUAACCAUGUUUUUGGUGUUGAGUUUGAUGUUUUUAAGAAUGAAGAAUUCCAGGACAUCAACGAUAAUCAUGUUGGAAUUGAUGUCGACUCACUUGUAUCAGUAGCUUCUGAGGAGGCAGGCUAUUGGCCUGAUAAAGGCUCUUUCAAGAAACUGAAGCUGAACAGUGGGAAAAAUUACCAGGUUUGGAUUGAUUAUGCUGAUAAUAAUGUCAGUGUUACGAUGGCACCUGUUGGGACGACAAAACCUAAACAACCUUUGCUGAAUGUUUUUCUCAAUCUUUCCGAAGUUUUCGAGGAGGAAAUGUAUGUUGGUUUUACUGCAUCCACAGGAGCUUUGAUUGAAAGUCACAAAAUCUUGGCUUGGAGUUACAGUAAUUCAAACUUUUCACUGAGUGAGACAUUGAUCACAAGGGGGUUGCCAUCUUUCGAGCUUCCUGGGAUACCAAUAUAUAAAUCCAAAGGUUUUAUUGCAGGUAUGGCAGUGGGAGUUUUCUUGAUUAGUAUCAUGUUUUUAGUAGUAGUUUUCUUGAUUAUUAGAUGGAAUAGGAGAAGAAAGAGGGAGAGAGAAGAAGUGGAGGAUUGGGAAUUAGAGUACUGGCCACAUAGAAUUAUGUAUCAAGAAAUUGAUGCAGCAACAAAGAGUUUUUCAGAUGAAAAUGUGAUUGGAAUUGGAGGAAAUGGGAAGGUCUACAGGGGAAUAUUACCCGGUAGAGCCGAGGUGGCGGUGAAGCGUAUUUCACCUGAAAACAGUGAAGGAAUGAGAGAAUUCUUGGCUGAAAUUUCAAGUUUGGGAAGAUUAAAGCAUAGAAAUUUGGUGGGUUUGAGGGGUUGGUCUAAGAAAGAAAAGGGCAGCCUAAUAUUGGUUUAUGAUUAUAUGGAAAAUGGGAGUUUGGACAAAAGGAUUUUUGAAUGUGAUGACAGCAAAAUUUUGAGUUUUGAAGAAAGAAUAAGAAUUAUAAAGCAAGUGGCUUCAGGUGUCUUGUAUUUGCACAAUGGAUGGGAGGCAAAAGUUUUGCACAGGGACAUUAAGGCUAGCAAUGUGUUACUUGAUAAAGAAAUGAACGCAAGACUAGGCGAUUUUGGGCUAGCCAGAAUGCAUGACCAUGGACAGGAGGCUGGUACGACUCGUGUAGUUGGAACUGUCGGUUACUUGGCACCUGAGAUGGUCAAGACCGGUCGAGCAUCAACUCAGACAGAUGUUUUCAGCUAUGGAGUAUUGGUUCUGGAGGUGAUGUGUGGUAAGAGGCCAACUGAAGAAGGCAAGCCACCGUUGGUAGAUUGGGUGUGGGAUCUAAUGAGGCGUGGAGAAUUACUUAAUGCCCUUGACGAUCAGUUAAGGGCUGAUGGAGGGUUCGACAAAGAGGAACUCGAAAGAGUGCUUCAAUUAGGCUUGUUAUGUGCGCAUCCGGACCCUGAUGCCAGGCCUACAAUGAGACAAGUUGUGAAAUUAUUCGAGGGGAAGACUGAGGUUGAUGAAGCCGAAGGCGAGAAUACGGGCACAUCUCUCUUGGAGAAAAUUAAUAGUAAAGAAAUUUGGUCCAUUUAUCCCCAGAGUUCUAGCACUCGUUCACAUCCAACAUUCGAAGAAAUCAAAGAGGGGUUGUCUUCCUCCAUGUCUUCUUGGUCCAAUACUACUAUGGAUGGUAGGUGA